GUAGGAAGAGACUCUUCGAGAGAAGGGUGGAUAUUCUAUCUAGGGGCUACAUUGUAACAAUUAAGAAAUGUAUGUAGCCCGUAAUCUAGGUAACAUUUUAACCAUCUAAAUUGUAACUAUUUAAAAUACAUAUAGUUGGCAAUUGUAGCCAUUAGGCAAACAAAUGCUUAGCCACACGACAGUGUAAUUUAAUUAUCAAGAAGUUCUCUAGUAGGAAGUUGACUUUCACCUCAUAGGCUACGAAAAGGGGGCUUUCUCAGAAAGACAAACACGUAAUGUAACCCAGGCUACUUCAAUAGCAGAUCGGACGAAUUGUCAACGAGAUUUCAAAGAAAAUGUCGAUCUCACUUCUGACUGUCUUUCUUGCGGAAGCAAUACUCUGCACAGUUUCAGGUGAACAGCUCUACAGAAAAGUGGGAGAGGAUCUUGUGUUGACGCCUGKCAAGUCCACAGUYCKUGACCCCAUCACAAGCAUCCUAUGGAAGCAUGGGAAGAACAAGGUGGCAGAGUGGGACAAGGAUWUUYGUGUUCUGGACAUCUAUGSUGCCUUCAAAGAGCGUACAACCCUGYACCAGAAUACUGGAGAGCUGAGAAUCAGUGGAUUGAAGAAAACAGACAGUGGAGUUUAUUCUGUGGAGUURAACAGCAAACWGCUUGACAAGACAUAUAAACUAUCUGUUAUCAAGGCAGUCCCCAAACCCACAAUCACUUCUUCCUGUAACCCAGACAAAACCUCCUGCACUCUGACCUGUGAGGGCGACACCACUGAUGCUGAACCCGUCACCUACAGCUGGAAAGUGGGAGAGAGAGCAUCGGAGGUUGUAGACAAACAGAUGAAUGUCUCUAAGAACGACACUGGCAAAUCAACCAACAGUUACAAGUACUUCUGCAAGAUGAAMAACUCWGCRGGGGAAGGUGAAGUCAGCGAGCCAGUCGYYCUGGUGUUMGGCUCAGGUGAGAGGACUCUCGUAAGAGUGACAACACUAAAAUCAGCUACACCUGUCAAUUCAAGGACCCUGUGAGCGAGGCCAGUGAAGUCUUUGAUAAAGACCCAUUUGGCCCAGGUGAAAGGCCACUCAUAGUUGUUGUUACACUGCCCAGUAUGUUGUUAUAGCCUAAGACUACUACUUGUAAUGAUAUGUAUGAAUCAGGGAUUGUUGAUAGGUGAGGUACUCAAUAUUAAGAAGGUGUUCCUAAUGUUUGGUAUAGUCAGUGUAGCUGAGGGAUUUGGGAAGAUGGAACAAAAGCAUCUGGACUGGAAAG